AGAUUUUUCCUCUUCCUUUCGCCGUGUGUUUGUGUCUGUGUAUGUUGUGUGUUUAUAAUUUGAUUUUCUUGACCAUUUCAAAAAUUUAUUGAAUUUUUUACUACCAAAAUGCAAAACGAUCACGGUGAAUGUGUUGAUCUUUAUAUUCCGCGUAAAUGUUCGGCAUCAAACCGAAUCAUUCACGCUAAAGAUCAUGCAUCGAUUCAGAUAAAUUUCGUUGAUAUAGAUGAAAGUGGUCUUUUCAAAUCCUCGUGUACGGCUUAUGCUAUUUGUGGUGCAUUGCGACGAAUGGGUGAAUCCGAUGAUUGUAUCAAUCGUUUAGCUAAACGUACUGGAAUUCUACCCAGAAAUUUUUAACGAAAAUGAUUGGAAUUUUUUUCUUUUAAAAUGAAAUAAAAUAGAUUUUCCAACAACAA